AUGAAGUCCCCCUGGGCGCGUAACCAUCACCCAACCUUCCGUCUGCUGUCCUCGCCGGCGCCUGCGGGCGUUCUGUGGAAUCAAGCCAUCUAUUCGGAGCACAUGCCGCGGCCCAACAGCUCGCUUACGGGCGCCACGAUCAAAGUGCAUUUAGCCUCCACGCACGGGCGGCGCCACGCAGGCGCUUGCCUUUGGUCGCCGACGCGUCUUAGCGCCUCACCGUGGGCGCGUCAAAUAUUCGUCACGCCCCUCGUGCAAGGCUCCGUGUUCCUAUCCGCGCUCAUCCUAAAGCCGCGACUGCACGCCCAUGCGGAUCUGGCGCUUGACGGCUGCGGAUGCCGCUCACCAUACCCCAAACAAUUCGAAAUCUCGCCCUGGUUUCACCGGAGUCUCGCGAUGCGUGGACCUAGACGCAAGAGAACUCCGCUACGGGCGAAUCACCGCCUGUUCCGUCGGAGGCGCUCAGCGAAGUGA